AUGUCUCACAGCCCACGCGAUCCUAGCUCUAAUGGAACCGAGGAUGACCUAAGUACUAUCAUGACGAGGCCCGAUCGCGGUGGGUCGGAAAUUGGAUCUCUGCGCUCCGGGACCCUCAAUCGCCGUCAAAGCAACCCGAACGAAGUCGCGCUAGAGCGAAUCAAUACUUAUCGACUUCAACAUCGCUCAACCGUUGGCUCCGUUGCAGGAAUUACACCGCGUGAAAAGUGGCUCCCCCUUGGAGCUGGAAAGCCUCAUCCUCCAUCUCUCCCAGAUCCAGAAGAAUACAUCGUCGAAUUCAACGAUGCAAAUGAUCCCAUGCACCCUCAGAACUGGUCCCUUAAACGCAAAAUCGGCAUCUCAGCGACCCUAGCAUACACGACCUUUGUUUCCUCUUUCUCCAGCGCCAUCUACUCUUCCGCAGUAGGACAUAUCAGUGGGCACUUCCACAUCAGCACGGAAGUCGCCACCCUCGGUGUCACCCUGUAUGUCCUAGGAUUCGCCUCGGGCCCGACAGUAUGGGCACCGGCAAGUGAGCUCAUCGGGAGAAGAUGGCCCAUUUGCAUUGGCAUGUUCGGCUACUCCCUUUUCAGCAUUGCAGCAGCGACUAGCAAGGACGUUCAGACCUUGAUGUUGGCGCGAUUCUUUGCCGGCUUUUUCUCUGCUAGCCCGAUCGCUAACGUUCCGGCCGUGUUUGCCGAUAUUUGGAGUAACCAGACGCGGGGCGUGGCUAUCGCUAUCUUUGCCAUGGCUGUGUUCGUGGGGCCUUUUGCGUCUCCAUUCACUGGAGGCUUCAUCACGAUGUCUUAUCUGGGGUGGAGGUGGACCAUGUACAUAUCGUCCAUUAUGGGGUGGCUGGCCACUGGUCUUUGUCUGCUUUGCUUGAAAGAGACGUAUGCACCCGCUGUCCUUGUGGAAAAAGCGGCCCUCUUGCGACGGCAGACACAUAACUGGGGAAUCCGCGCCAGGCAAGAAGAGAUCGAGCUCGAUUGGGGUGAGCUAAUCACCAAUAAUUUCAGUCGGCCGUUCCGUAUGCUUUUCACCGAGCCCAUUAUCUCUCUCUGGAUGAGCUUUGUAUAUGGUCUGAUGUACGCGCUUCUCAGUGCGUACCCCGUUGUGUUCCAAGGAAUUCACGGAAUGAACCUCGGUGUUGGAAGUCUUCCAUUCAUCGGAUUGAUUAUCGGCGAGAUUCUAGCUGGCGCCUAUAUCCUUCUUGACCAGAGAUCGUAUACCAAAAAGCUGGCUGCCAACAAUAACAUCCCCGUUCCGGAAUGGAGACUUCUUCCAGCUAUCCUUGGGGGUGUUUGCUUCUGUGUCGGGUUGUUCUGGUAUGGCUGGACUGGAUGGACAAAGGAAAUCCAUUGGAUGGCCCCGACCGCCAGCGGAAUCGUGACUGGAUUCGGCAUCUAUGUGAUCUUCUUGCAGUGCUUCAACUACCUGAUUGACUCGUAUUUAACAUUUGCCGCAUCGGUUUUUGCUGCGAAUACCAUAAUUCGAUCAGCGGUGGGAGCUGCAUUCCCAUUGUUCUCAAAGCAAAUGUUUGUCAACUUGGGUGUGCAAUGGGCCGCCACACUUCUUGGGUGUCUCGCGCUCAUCAUGAUCCCGAUUCCCUUGUUAUUCAUCAAAUGGGGACCAGCGUUGCGCAAAAAAUCUAAAUUUGCUCCAAUUUUGGAGUCUGCUCGGGCAGCAUCGGAGAAAGUGGACGUGACAGUUUAG